AUGUCGAACUUUCUCAACCAGGACUUUGGAUCGGACGAGGAGGACGAUGACUUCAACCCCGCCCCUGCGGAGGACUCUGACGUCGAGGAUGCCAAGCCAGCGAAAAGACGCGCGAGCCCUGAAGAUGCCGCGGAUGACGUGAAAUACGACCGCGAUGAUGCUGAAGAUGACGAUGCGAAAGACGAUGAUGCCGAUGAAGGUGCCGAAGAUGGCGACGAGAACGGAGACGACGACGAGGAUGAUGACGAAGACGAUGAGCAGGCCGUGGAACGUCCUCGCAAGCGCCGGAGAGGUGGCGUCCACUCCUUCUUCGAAGAGGAGGCUGGUGUCGAUGAAGAAGAAGACGAAGCCGAAGACGAGGAGGAUGAGCUCGCCGAAUUCGGUACCGAGAUGCACCCCGAUGAUCUCGAUGCUCUGCCUGCCGGCGCUGAGACCGAUGACCGCCGUCACCGACAGCUGGAUCGCCAGCGUGAGCUGGACGCUACAAUGGACGCAGAGAAGCAGGCACAGAUGCUCAAGGAGCGCUAUGGCCGAAACCGUGCCGCCGCGACGGAUGCCCUAGUGAUCCCCAAGCGACUACUGCUUCCUAGUGUGGAAGACCCCAGCAUUUGGGGCUGCCGCUGCAAGCCUGGCAAGGAGAAGGAGGUCAUCUAUUCCAUCCAGAAGCGCAUGGAAGAGCGACCCGCCAAUUCUCGUAACCCAAUCCGACUCAUCUCUGCAUUCGAGCGUGGAAACAUCAUGCAGGGUUGGUUCUACUGCGAGGCGCGCAGACAAGCCGACGUCACCGAUGCUCUGGAAGGCAUUGCGUUCUACUAUCCUUCUCAGAAGAUGACAUUGGUUCCCGUCAAGGAGAUGCCCGACCUGCUCCGCGUCCAGAAGUCGGAGGAGCUCAUGCCGGGUGGCUGGGUCCGUAUCAAGCGAGGUGCAUACCAGGGUGACCUUGCCCAGAUCGAAGAAGUCGAGACCAACGGCUUGAACGUCACCGUUCGACUGGUCCCCCGUCUCGACUAUGGUAUGAACGAUGAUAACGCCGCUAUGCUCGGCCCUGAUGGCAAGCGCAAGCGUGCUACUGUGAACAAAGUUCGACCUCCGCAACGCCCGUUUAGUGAAGCAGAGGCCAAGAAGAAGCAUGCCAAGUACCUUUCUGCUACUUCUGGAUUGGGUGGCAAGUCAUGGAGCUACCUCAACGAAACCUACAUCGAUGGGUUCCUCAUCAAGGAUAUGCGUGUCCAGCACUUGAUCACCAAGAAUGUCAACCCCCGGUUGGAGGAAGUGACUAUGUUCGCUCGGGGAGGAGAGGACGGCACUGCCAACUUGGACUUGGCAUCCCUCGCCGAGACGCUGAAGAACUCCACUGCUGAGGAUUCCUACCAACCUGGUGAUCCUGUCGAGGUGUACCGUGGUGAACAGCAGGGCUUGAUUGGCCGAACAGUCUCGACCCGCGGUGAUAUCGUCUCACUGCAAGUCACUGAGGGUGAUCUGGCUGGCCAGACCAUCGACGCUCCUAUUCGCACCCUUCGCAAGCGUUUCCGUGAGGGUGACCACGUCAAGGUUAUCGGAGGCAGCCGUUAUCAAAAUGAACUUGGUAUGGUUGUCCAGGUCAAGGACGACACUGUUACCCUGCUCAGUGAUAUGAGCAUGCAGGAGAUCACAGUUUUCAGCAAGGAUCUCCGCCUUUCUGCUGAGAUGGCUGCCGAUGGCCAACUUGGCAUUUACGAUGUGCAUGAUCUUGUUCAACUUGAUGCUGCAACUGUUGCAUGCGUGAUCAAGGUUGACCGUGAAUCCCUGCGCGUCGUGGAUCAGAACGGUUCCCUUCGAAAUGUCUUGCCCACUCAGAUUGCCAACAAGCUUGCUCCUCGCCGAGAUGCUGUUGCAACUGACCGCAAUGGUGCAGAGAUCCGAAAUGGUGAUACUGUCCGCGAGGUUUAUGGAGAGCAGCGAAGCGGAGUGAUUACUCACAUCUACCGCUCUUUCCUCUUCUUGCAUAACAAAGCCCAGACCGAGAAUGCCGGUAUCUCUGUCGUGCGAACAACUAAUGUUGUGACCGUUUCUGCCAGGGGUGGCCGUCCUACCGGUCCUGACUUGACCAAGAUGAACCCCGCGAUGGCCAUGCAGGCCCCGGGUGGUGGUAAUCCCAACAUGCCGCCUCCGCGUCGCGCUGGCCGGGAUCGACUGAUUGGAAAGACCGUGGCUGUUCGCAAGGGCCGUUACAAGGGUCUCGUUGGUAUCGUCCGUAAUGCAGAUGAUACCACCGCUACCGUUGAACUGUACACAGCCAACAAGCCAGUUCUAAUAUCGCGAGAUAUUCUUGUUCCCAAAGAUCCCAUCUCUAAGCAAACGCUGGAUAUUGGUGGUGGAAGACCAGGUUCGCGUGUCCCGUCCUACUCGGGUUCUGGGGCUCAGGGAGGUGGUUGGCAAGGCGGCCGUACUCCCAUGGCCGCGGGCGAUUCUUCCAGGACUCCGGCCUGGGGUGGCUCCUCAUCACGAACUCCUGCUUGGGGAGGUUUGAGCGGAUCUCGUACCCCUGCUUGGAAGAACGAUGGAUCGCGUACCUCCAAUCCCUAUGCGGAAGGAAAUCGUACAGCCUAUGGUGGGUUGGGCAACCGUACGCCAGCCUGGAACUCUGGAUCUCGCACCCCGCACGAUUCUGGCUCUGGCUACGAUGCCUUCGCUUCCGGAUCGCGAACUCCAGCAUGGGGCAACGCAGGUGCUGGUAACCGCACCCCUGCCUGGGGUGGCUUGCCCAACAGCCGAGACCAGCGUGAUUUCGACGAUGCCCCAACACCAGGAGGAAACUACUCUGCUCCUACUCCGGGCGCCUACGGUGCUCCUACUCCUGGUGCUUCUGCGCCGACACCUGGCGCGUGGGCCGAAAGUGCUCCUACGCCUGGCGGAGCUUUCAGUGCUCCCACCCCUGGAGGAUUGCCCAAGCGUGGAGGCUACGAUGCCCCGACCCCUGCGGCGUUUGACGCCCCAACUCCUGCGAUGGGCGGCAUUGCUGCUACCCCCGGUGCGGGCUAUGGUGACGACGAUGGUGGUCCCCGCUAUGACGAAGGCACUCCUAGCCCCUAA